GAUUGAUUAUUCUUAUGAUAAUGGCACUGGUAAUGGUAUUAUUCAGUUACGCUCAUUGCUUAUGUGAAAGAUGCCAGGUGCAAAUCAAUCAUGACUUUAAAGCAGACUACAAGAAGCUUUACUUGGAAAAGUGCCAAGAAAAAGUGAAUUCUCUAUUUUCCAGACAUGCCGAUGAGGAAGUAAACAGAAAUAUUUCAUAUAUCAAUGAAGCAGAGUUCUGGAACCAAACAUGGGAUGAAAUAAGCAUUUGGUUGGAAGACUUCUAUAAUUCAUAUAACAUAAGUCCUAUAAAUCAGAAUAUAAUACAGGCAUUUGCAGAGGUUCCAGUUGAUGACUUGGAGGAGGUCAUAAAUCGGAGAAGGGAAACUGCCUCCCGCAGAGUUGCUUUUUAUGAAGAAAUCAUACCCGAUAGAGGCCAUCAGCAAGAAAGUUUAGUUCAGAGCCAGUCUAAGAGGAGUCAGGGUUAUAUAAAUGAAACAAAGAAGCAGUACAGUGAGCCGACACAAAAAAAGGGAACACGCAAAUCUCCUAAAGAUGUACCUCAGUCUUGGGAGGAAGAAAAGCCCACGGAAUGGCAUAGAGUGGUUCGCAUGGAGGAGUUGGAGAACAGAAAUCAGAGGAUGGAAACUGCUUCCCAGACAGAGGCUUUUUGUGAAGAAGUCAUAGCUGAUAGAGGCCAUCAGCAGGAAAGGUCACUUCAGAACCAGUCUAAGAGGAGUCAGGGUCAUGUAAAUGAAGCAAAGAAGCAAGACAGAGAGCCGGCACAAAAAAGGGGAACAUGCAAGUUUCCUGAAGAUGUACCUCAGUCUAAAGAGGAAGAAAAGCCCGUAGCAGGGCAUAUGGAGGUUCCAUUUGAUGACUUGGAGGAAAAAAUAAAUCGGAGAAGGGAAACUGCCUCCCGCAGAGUUGCUUAUUAUGAAGAAAUCAUACCUGAUAGAGGCCAUCAGCAGAAAAGGUCAGUUCAGAGCCAGUCUAAGAGGAGUCAGGGUUAUAUAAAUGAAGCAAAGAAGCAAUACAGAGAGCUGGCACAAAAAAAGGGAACAUGCGAAUCUCCUAAAGAUGUACCUCAGUCUUGGGAGGAAGAAAAGCCCACAGAAUGGCAUAGAGAGGUUUCUGUGCAGGAGUUGGAGAGCAGAAAUCAGAGGAUGAAAACUGCCUUCCAGACAGAGGCUUUUUCUGAAGCUGAGACAGACCAAGGUAAUGAUAGUUGUUCUGACACAGAAGAUGAUGGUGAUGAACUACCACUUGUGCCUAAGAAGUCCUGAUGAAUUAGUGGAUGAAAGCACUUAACAACUGUUUGGAUUACUUCUGGCUUUGGACUAGUUUCAUUCUGAAGUGGACUUAAUACAAUACUUGGAGUAUCAACGACUUUGGACUUAUUUUGUCAUAGUACACACAAUUUGACCACCCUCAAGUGGAUUAUGGAGUUCAACUUUUUCCUACACGGACAGUUCUUUGGUUUAACUAUACCAUAUUUUUGGACUUCAAGAUGAAUUUUUCAGUUAGUAUUUGGGGUUUUCAGGGUUUUUCUCAGUAAUGAAUAAAAUGCACU